UGUUGGUAACAGUUGUAGACAUUUUGCUACGUAUAUUUUUGCAGUGGCCGUGGAAUAGAAGGUUGAAAUAUUUGUGGUAUUUGAACAUUUAGUGAUGUAGUAACUGGUCAUUUUGUUGAUAGGCAUAGAAUGCGUACUCAAGUUGUAUGAACUUUCCAUUACGAAAGGUUUGUGAAGACCUGUGAUCAUGUUUCGAGAUAUGAAAUCAACUUUUGGGCAGACAAAUAGUGCUGCAACAUUCGGUGGAGGUGGUUUCAAUAGUGGAACUGCAACAAGUCCAUUUGGACAAACCUUUGGGAAAAACACAACAACAGGAUUUACAACACCAGCUUUUGGGUCAACAAGUUCAUCACUGUUUGGUAGUAGCACUCCUACUACUGGUGGCCUCUUUGGAGGUGCUACAGCUACUCCUGUAUUUGGACAAGCUCAGACUACACAGCCAUCAGCAUUUGGUUUUCCUUCAAGUACAACAGGCAGUAAUUUGUUUGGUAGUCAGCAGAAUGCCAACGCAAGUUUAUUUGGUGCCAAUGUUACUUCUGCAUUUGGUGCAAACAAACCUGCCUUUGGGGGGUUUGGAACUUCUACUGGGACUGGGUUGUUUGGGCAGCAGCAACAGCAGCAACAGACACAAGCUGCCCCAUCGCUGUUUGGUCAGAGUACAGGUGCAACUAAUACUGGAAUCUUUGGUUCAGGAGGUUUUGGAGCAAGCAGUACAACAACUGCAGCAGUUGGUACUCCAAUUAAGUUUACUCCGGUAACUGGCUCAGACACAAUGGUAAAGAAUGGCGUGACACAGACAAUUAGCACUCGUCAUCAUUGCAUUACCUGCAUGAAGGAAUAUGAAUCAAAAUCACUAGAAGAAUUGCGUUUGGAGGAUUAUGCAGCAAACCGCAAGGGACCACAAGGACCACAACAAACUGGAUUAUUUGGAACUUCCACAGGAACUUCCCUCUUUGGUACAGGGGCUAGUACUAGCACAGGUACAGCAGGCAUCUUCAAUGACAACAAACCUCUGUUUGGUGGAGGUACUUCUAUGGGAUUUGGAUCAAAUUCUGGUGGUAUGUUUGGUUCUGCGAACCAACAAAGUAGUACACUCUUUGGAAAGUCGGGGUUUGGAACCAUGACAACCACCACAGGUGGUUCUGGUUUUUCUUUCAACACAGCAACAACUGCCAAUCCCUUUGGAGUGAAUACACAGCCAAAACCAUUUGGAACUGCUACCCCACAAACUAACACUUUGUUUGGGGCUACAUCUCAGCCUUCCACAUUUGGCACUCAGCCUACUGGUUUUGCUGGAUUUGGAAAUCAAAAUCAGAGUAUUGGACUAUUUAACCAAACCAAGCCAGCAUUCAAUAUGGCCACAACUAGUACUGGAUUUUCAUUUGGUCAGAAUACAUCAACAAAUGCUGGAGGUAUGUUUGGAGCAAAACCUACCGGAACUUCAGGAUUUCCAGGCACAUUUGGGAAUCCCACAACAUCAAGCUUUGGUACUAACACUGUGUUUGGAGCAAAUCAGAACUCGCCACUUUUCAACCAGCCUUUCAAACCAGCAACUUCAGGCUUUAGCUUUGGCCAGUCAGCACCUACAGGAACAGGUCUUGGUGGAAGUCUAAAUAUUGGAGGUCAGUCCAUGUUUGGAAAUACAGCUAACAAACCAAAUAUGUUUGGAACCAGUACUAUAUUCAAUACUGGAGGUUUUGGUCCUAGUUCAGGGUCUGUAUUUCCAACAGGAAUGGGACUUGGAACUUCAGUUAAUCUUGGAGGAAACCCAUUACUUGGAGGAACUGGAACUAGCACAGCAACAAAUCAGCAAGACAGUGGGACUGUUCAUCAGCAGAUUUUGGCCUUGGCCUCCAUGCCGUUUGGUGAUUCUCCAUUGUUUCGAAAUCUCCUGCCAGCUACUGGUAAAACAGAUGAGCUACUUAAACCAACAAAUCCAGCAGCCCAGAAAGCAGCUGUCUCUAAUAACCAUUUCAAAGUCUCACCCAGAGGAAAUGUUAAAAUCAAAGUGAAGCCACUUGGAGCAUCUUCUCUUUCCAAAAAGUCCUUGUUUGAGGGUCUUGAGGAAUCUGACCCUACUUUACUGGACACUUUCCAACCUCGCUCCAUCACCAAGAAACUGAUGUUAAAACCAAAGGCAACAACCCCUACAAGUGGAAAACCAAUUGCACAAUCAUCAGCUGCCAUACCAGGACCAUCUGACAUACUGGAAGCUGAUAAGGAAAAUAAAUAUGUUCAGCAAACUAGUGUUACACUUCCAGAACAGUGUGAAGACUCAUGGCUCCGUAAAUCACUCCGUGAAAGUGCAACAGAAACUGAAGGAGAACAAGAAGCUUCAGAUGCACGGGAGACAUCACCACCUUUGAUAAGAACUCCAUUUAUCAGUCCUGGACAAAGGAACAAUGAAUCAGUUAUUGACAACACAAUUGCAGAAUUAAAAACACAGAAAGACAGUCGUUCAUCCCUAAAUAUGGAUGAUAAAGAGAAUGUCAGCAACAACAGCUCAUCAUCAUCUGAUGACAGCUUGGAGGCAGAUGAACCUGCUACAUUCAUGGAAGGUCAGGACUCCCAUCCGACUGGAAUUGUAUUGCGCCGAGUUGGCUAUUAUACAAUUCCAUCUCUGGAUGAGCUAAUAUGUCAUAUGAGUGAUGAUGGCAGCUGUGUAGUGGAUAACUUCACAGUUGGUCGUGAGGGGUAUGGCAAUGUCUUCUUCCCUGAUUCGUUUGAUGUGGCUGAUCUUAACCUGGAUGAAAUAGUACACUUCCGUUACAAAGAAGUUAUGUUGUACCCUGAUGAUGAAAAGAAGCCACCAGUGGGUUGUGGGCUGAACCGUCGAGCACAAGUGACUUUAGACCGAGUUUGGCCAGUGGAUAAGACGACUCAUAACCCUAUCACUAAUACAGAGCGACUGAAACAGAUGGAUUAUGAGGGAAAGCUACGUAGAGUUUGUGCCAAGUUGAAGACUCGUUUCUUAGAGUAUCGGCCACAGACUGGUUCCUGGGUAUUCAAAGUUGACCAUUUCUCCAAAUAUGGCUUAAGUGAUUCAGAUGAAGAUGAUAUACCAGUUUCUGAUGUCAAGAAGUUCAAACCUACUGCACCCCUACUUCAGCAACAUGAAAAACACCAGAAAAUACAGCAACACCAUAAAACUGAUAAGCCAUUAUUAGCUAGAGAGAUAUCACAUGGUUUAUCAGAUGGUUUACUGUCUAAUGACAUUAGUAAACAUCCUCAUGCCUUAGUACCUGUGUUGUUGGAAGAUGAUCAAGAUAUGGAGGAGGGUAUCCGGCAGCAAUUGGGAGCAUAUGGCGAUGAAUUGGAAAAAAUGCAACAAAGUCCAACAGUGCAGUUGGCAAGAGAAGUUGGAUCACCAACUCACAAAGUUCAGCUGAUGAAGGCAUCCUUCUUUAUGGAAGAUGAAGGGAGUUUGGAACCUGAUUUAAUGGAGCUGACGGAAUUUUGUGGAGGCAGGUUGUUGCAUGUAGAUGCUGGUGACCUAAGUGAAGGUGACUCUGAGAAGGACAUUUCUGUACCCAGGCUACCCAAGAGCUUUGCUGUAUUUCGUACUCAGUUCUCUACUCCAGAGCCAAGCCCACGAAGGAUGUCUGUUGCUAUUAAGGGGCCAGAGGAUGUCCCUCAAGUAAGAUCAUCAACCCAUGUGCCAGUGGGACCCUGGGUCCAGCCUCCAACUGUGCGUCCAAAGAUAGCAGUCCUGAAGCAUCAAGGCGAGGUAGUUCCUCUGUCCAAGUCUAUUGUGGGACGAAUGUCAGCUCACUGCUUAAUUGAUACAGCCCUUGUGAUGGGGAGGAGCUUUCGUGUAGGCUGGGGUCAAAACAGUACACUGCUUACACUCAACACACGGAAAGCGGCUGCUGUUGUGCCACUCCGAGCUGAACUGUCUGACCUAAACAUCUACACUUCUGGGCGGACCAAAGGCGAUUGUUCUCAGUGUAUUGUACAGAGGCUUCAUAUUUUUGGAGGAGGCAAAGACCCAUCGACCAACUUCAUGGAGACACUGGAAGGUCAUCUGCGCAUCCAGCUACAGUAUUGUGAGUUGAAACUGGAAGAUGAUUGUCCGCUGCUAGUCCCUUAUACUGGAGUAGAUGCCUUGCAUGCUCAUUGUGCAUUGGCUGAUCGGCUCAGUUUUAACCAAACAGAUGCCCUACUUGCUUACAGCAGUCAGGUGUGGAAUCUCUGUGUGGCACUGUGGGGUAAUCUUCCAGAUUUGGAUGCAGACAGUAGCAGCCAUCAGACUGUUAUGUUACGGAGAGAGGCAGUGAGCGAAUGGCUGGAAGAUGUUGUACAGCAAAGAGUAAGGCAGGAAACAGCCACACUGCUGGAUGAAUCUUCCAAAGCACAAGACAAGGAGCAUCAUAUUCCAGCAAUCCUCUCUCUUUUGUCUGGCAGAAAAGUACUGGAGGCUUGCGAGAAGACUCAGGAUUGUGGUGAUCACUAUACUUCGUUUCUGCUGGCACAGCUGAGCGGUGGUCCCGCAGCAAAGCAGCUGGUUCAACAGCAGUUGGCUAACUGGCAAGAGGUGCAGGCAGACUGUUACAUCAACAGGGACAGGAUCAAGUUGCUGCUGCUAGUGGCUGGCAUUCCUCUCUUCAGUGGUACACAAGGCACUGUUAAUGUCUGUGAAGGUUUGGACUGGAAGAGAGCCUUUGCACUGCACUUGUGGUAUAUGUGUUCUCCUGUAGCAUCUGUUACUGAUGCUCUGCUGCAGUAUGAGAAAGCAUUUGGAUCACCUGAUUCAAAAGAUGUAUAUGCGAAUUGCCCUGAUCCACCAUACAUGGAGGAUGGCAUAGAACCUGAAACAAGUAGUGGACAACCAGUGUGGGAUCUGUGUUUCCACUUGUUCAAACUAUAUAGCAGUCGCUCACAUCCAUUGAACUGUUUGCUGAAUCCUGCUACCCACACAUCAGAUCCACUGGAUUACCGACUGAGUUGGCUGCUACAGCAAGUUCUGAAUGCUGUUGGUUACUCUCAUAUAUCCGAGUACUCGAGUGCACUUGUUCAUACAAGUUUUGCUUCCCAGUUAGAGAGCCAGGGUCUUUGGCAUUGGGCCAUUUUUGUUCUGCUUCAUUUGAAAAAUCAAAAAAGUCGUAAAGAAGCAGUGUUGAACAUACUGGGACGUCAUGUUGAAUUGUCUAAUAACCAGGCAUAUCAAGACAAAGAGAAUUUUCUUCUAGAACAGCUCCAUAUCCCUUCCCAAUGUAUAUUUGAAGCUAAAGCAACUCUUGCAUCAGCUUGCAAUAGGCAUAACGAUGCAGCUUAUUAUUUGAUCAAGGCUGGCCUUUGGACCAAGAGUCAUGAAGUAAUUAUGGAAUACAUUGCUGCUGAUGCAAUAGUUAAUGAGAACUAUGAGUAUUUGCAUGAACUGCUACAGGCAUUGGCUCCUGUAGAGAGGAGCAGUACAAUUUCUGGGUGGAAUAAUAGGGGUCAGCUGCUUUGGGACUAUUUGAAAAUUUUAGCUGAAGUGGAUGCGUUACUAGCCAGCCAAAACCUUGCUGCAGGGUACCAGCUGGAAAAGUUGCAGCCUCAGUUGAGUGGUUUGUGUGCACGAAUAAACAUGUUACCUUGCCCCACUGCCAUGGACAGGUUAUGUCAGUCAGAAAUUGCCAAACGUACAGUCCAUGUGGUACGAAAUGUUUUGCUUCUGCAAAAGGGGGAAAAGGGUGUUUCACCACGUGUGUUAGCCCAUCUGGUGACACAGCUUCCUCUACCUGAGGAUUAUGCACAGCAAGAACUGAGACAAGUGGUGAGCUCUUGUAUGGCUGAGUUUACACCUCAUUGAGAAGAUAAUGCUACUUUCAGUGUUGAAACGUUUCUCAGAACCUUCAUCAUUCAGAAACAAAGGAAAGAAAAUAAACAUCAGGUUACUCAUAUGCAGGAAAGUACUUCAUAUGAUAUAUAAAAUAAUAGACAACUUCAUUUUUCUAUACCAUUCUGUGCUGAGGGCAGUAUAUUAAUUCUGCCUUAAAAUCUCUUACAUGGUACAGAUAGUAUUUGUUUUUAUUAUCAACAUUUCACCAAAACUUAGUGCACCUGGCUUACACAGACAGCUGAACAAACUUGGUAUGUGAACUGUUUCAUAUAUGAAACAGUUAUGUAAACGUAUAAAUGUAAUUAUUAUGAUGAUACCUAUCUGUAGCACAGGGAUUUAUUAAUUUUUCUCCAACCCCUUUAAUGGAGUCAUUGCCAGAAUGUAUGGAACAAUUGAUGUGUCUUGAGGAAGAGGAUGAGAAUUUUCUCAUGUGCAUAGUGUUAAAAUAGCCAUUAUAGUACAUAGGAAUGAAAGUUCAUUGUUUCCAUGGUUAAGAUGGAAUUCAGUUACAGUAGUAAUGUUAAACAAAUUAACUUUCUCUUCCAAUACUGGAACUAUGACUGAACGUUCAUAUAUAUCUCUUUGUUUUUAGUGGCAACAGCAUCACUUACAAGCGCAGUUUUGAAUUGUUGUCAGUAUCCAGCAAUUAUAGCUGUGCCAUGUUAUAAGUUCCUUCAGUACUUUAAUUUGUACUUUGCAGCAGUUGAAAUUAUGUGAAUAAAAUGGAUAGUUUUUCCGUGCUUUUAACUAUAUGUACGUGGAGUAUCAGAUAAUGAACAUAGUUAAUUUUUCUGUAAUUUUGAAUUCAUAAGAAGACUGAAUUAUGAUGUGUUCAUCUGAGGAAUAUAAAUGUAAGAUAUAAUUAGAAAAUGGUUCAGGGCAUGAUAUUUUGAGACAUACUAAACCUAACAGCACCAGAGACUUACAGAGGCAUGAAUUUUCUGUCCCACUUAAGUUUUUAGGUAUGUGGGUCAGAUAUGCAUGUGUUUUCUUUUGUUUGGUUUUAAUGAUAGUGCAUGAUUCUUACAAUUGAAUAUUACUGUUUAUAUUCCUGUUAUUAGAUAGGCAGAUAACCCUGCUGUUUCUGUGUUAUAUGGGUUGUUGUGGUUUAAUCACAGACAACUGCAGGGACCAUUCAGAAAUUUCAUUAUGACCAUGAAGGCAAAAAAUCAAUGUACUCGAGACCAAAAUCUAGAUUGAUUUUUUAUUAUUUCUUUAUUUUCUUAAAAAUGUAGAAUUAAGCAAUGUUCUUGUGUACUGCCAAGCCUUGCAUGAGUAUUUAAGCAGAUACACAUCCUCAUACUUUUAUUUUAUUUGUAUAGAGUCAUGAGUACUUAUAUUCUACAUGUUAUCACUAAAUAACACUGAUAGGUGACUCUUCCUAGAUUUUGUAAAUAAACAGUGCAUUUUAUUUACACAAGAUGUAAGAUGAAUCUUUAAUUUGAAGCAUUAUAAGGCAAGAAAAAUUCCUUGUUCAGAGCCAGAUUUUAAAUUGAUACCUUUAGGACUGAUUAUAUUUAGAUGUUGAAUAUAUAUGCCUUAUAACUGACAUACCAACAUUUGUAUUUAUAAAAAUUGGCAUUGUACUAUUUUUAUGUAGUCUAGGAGGAGCAAAAAUGGCAUUAUAUUGUCACACAGUUCACUCACUGUCUUAUUCUUCUGGUUAUUUCAUUGUCGAGAAUGGCUAAAGGGAUGAAUCGAUCUCCUAACCUCAAUAAAAUCUUCUCAGGAAAAGCAGCCGCUUCACUUGAUUAAACUCUGCCAAUGUUUUGAGGACCAUCUCUUUCCUCAUUUUCAAGGCUAGUCAUGACGGAGACGGUCCUCAAAACGUCAGCAGAGUUUAACCAAGUGAUGUUGCUGCUGGCCCAAGAAGAUUUUAUUAAUGACAUCCACCAUAAAAGCUUCACAUCAUAGAUCUCCUAACCUAUUUUGCCAAAUUGACCAAAAUUGAAACUGAAUAAGCCCUGAGUAUACAUAGAGCCUUGCCUUCAUAUCCAUUAUACAUCUUCAUGUUGUUCUUAUCCCAGGUACACUUUAUUUUACAUUUUAUUAAGUGGUAUGGUUUCUGUAUGAUUAAUAUGUAUUCAUAUGAUUUUAAAAGUUGUUCAUAUGUAUUGUUCCUGCUUUUGUACUCAGAAAGAUAAUGUAUUUAUGCUUGUAAUUGUUGACACAGCACAGUAGAUGCACACAAAAUUUAUAAACCAAAAGUGGUAUUGGUGUAUCUAUGCAAACAAGAUAAAUACUGCAAUUAUUUGAA